AUGGUUCAGUGGUUCGAGCGAACCGAUACUCUACCAAAAACGUUUCUGUUACCGCAGAGAUAUAACUCGAUCGUCUACAGGCGUUUCAACGAUUUCCUGGCGCUGCACGAGCUGCUGGUGGCGCGAUUCCCCUACAGGCUCAUCCCGAAACCACCGCCCAAGAAGAUCGUCGGCGCCGACUCGCAAUUUCUGGAGGAGCGUCGACGCUCGCUGCUGCGCUUCGUCACGCUGAUCGCUCGGCAUCCCGUCGUCGGCCAGGACCCCAUCUGCCAGUUCUUCUUCACGUACACGGGCGAGGAGACUCAGCACAAGAUACGCGACACGUUUCGCCGUAUGCCCGACGAGUUCGCCACCUCGGAUCUGUCCAGUCGCGCCAAGGAGCUCGUGCCGCCCGACACUCUCACCGAGUUCGGCAACGCGCGCGACCAGAUACGCGUCAUCUACACGGGCAUCUCCCGCCUCAAGCACAUCGCCGACUGCCUGGCCACGAGGUCGCACAACUACGCCUCGGACAUGGCCGAGCUCGCCACCCAGCUGACCAAUCUGGCCAACGAGGCGCACACCACGACAUCCUGGGCCACCGGCGGCUCCACCAUCUGGCAGGAGAUGAAGAAGGGCUUCAACAUCAUCUCCAAGGAGUUCGGUUUGCUGUCGAGCAAGGCCGAGCAGCAGGCGGUGCGCGAGGAGACGACCAUCUGCGAGCGGCUCAAUCUGCUGCUGGACCUGCUCGUGGCCCACAGGCUCCUCUGCGAGAGGCACGAGAAGGGCGUCAGCGAGGAUCAUCGACGCGCUCUCUCCACCAUGCUCACGCUGAAGAAGCGACAGAUGCAGGGCGUCAUUCGCGGCACCGACGCCGACACGAUAGAGCAGCUGGAGAACCGGAUGGUCGCCCAGGAGUCGGUGAUAGCCAGCGUCGAGCUGAGGAAUCUCUUCUCGCUGCACUGCCUGCACAUGGAGACGCAGCUCAUACACGCCCAUCUGGAGAUUCUGGCCACUGUACUGCAGAGCCUCGUCAGCGUGCAGAUACGCGGCCACGCCGAGCUGUCGGAGGUGUGGAAAUCCAUCGAGCCGACCAUCAUGAAGUGUUUGCCGGAAAAAACGAGAACGAACGGCACGUCGUAGCCUUUGUUUUUUUUUUCCACCUGCCAAGCGUCGAUACUUGGCUUCGCUAUGACUUUUAUUAUAUCGUCGUGUUAAUAUAAAGAUCAUCGCCGUCUGACUUGUUAAGUUUUAGCUAUAUAAUUUAUUUUUUAUUACUUUUUACUUCUUUGAGAUUUUAAUAUGAUAAUAUAAUACAAAUAUGAUAAAAGACAGUGCGAAUGAUAAAUAUAGCUUCUUUUGUACCGAUAUCGUACGUGUGUGUAUCGCUGGACGUCGAUUAUAUAAUAUUUUGCGAGGCGACAACCAAAAUGUAUCGCAUUAAUGAUUAAAGUUUAUUUUUUUACUGUACAACGGUAUCCGCGAGGCCGAUCACCUGCAUUAUAAUAUUAUUCGUGUACAUUAUUAUUGUAUAAUAACGAGCGAGCGGCGAAGACGAGCUCGUGUAUGAAUAAUUACCUCAUCUUCUGCUUUCAUUAUUUUGCAUCUUUAUAUUGUCGAUCGAAGGCGUGAGAUAAAUGUUGAUUUUAUGGAAUAUAAUCAUGUAUAUCGGCCAAUCUGAAAAUUUUUAUGUUAUUUUUUUUUUAUAAAUUUGACAAUCUGGGUCGAGCUUUCGAAAGCGUUGAAGUGUACUUAAUCGUGUAGAGUAUAUAUUUAUUAUGCAAAUAUCAAGCACGAGAACAAUCGAUUAUGUUUUAUAUAUUAACCGUUACGAUUUUAUCAUUAGAGCGAGUUUGCGUAGGCGUAAUAAUUAUUGUGCGUAUAAACGAAUGUGGUAGUUACAUCCGUUGUAAUACCGUCAAAGCAAAAUGUGUGAUAUACGAGCUUUUACGUAGAGAGAAAGAAAAUGUAGAAGAAAAGCAGAUACCUAUUUUAUAUACAAAAAAGCAUCACAGAUAGAAAUAAGCGUAUAAUAUCAUUAAGACUCAACGAAAUAAUACGCAUCGAGCAUCGAAGAAUAUAUUGUAUAUUUUAUAAUGACGAAUUUUGCUCAAGUAUUAUAAAUAUGUUUAUAAAUAAUAUAUAUUUGAUACUGUCUUCGAUUGUAUAAGUGUACCACGUUUAUAUGAGCUGUAAGCUGCAUAUCGUGCGUAUCGAAGAGAUUGUAUCUCUCUCGUCAGGACAAUAAAAAGGAAUUUUUAUAUUACU